AAAUAAAUUCGAAACGAAUAAACCAAUGAAUAAAUUUCAAUCAGUGUUCCCAAAGUUUACAUGACUAAAAUUCUUCAGUUCUUUUAAAUAAACGUCAUAAUGGAUUCAUGGACAGUGGCUCUAGCAUCGGUCGUCGUUGUAGUGACUUGGUUCUACUUUAAAAGGACCUAUAAUUUCUUCAAUGGCCGAGGAAUUCCGCAAACACCAGCCAGCAGAGGGCUUACAAACUUUCUGAAAAUCUUUUUUCAACGAAUGUCUUUCAACGAGACAGUUUUGGAUGUCUACAACGUUCAACCUGACGCGAAGUAUGUCGGUUUCUACGAUUUGAUGACACCUGUGAUCGCUAUUCGCGACAUCGAGCUGAUGAAGUCCAUCACAGUGAAGCACUUCGAGCACUUCCAAGACCAUCGUUCUCUCUUUAACGACGAUUCAGAUCCUCUGUUCAGCAAGAACCUCUUCGCCCUUCGUGGCGAUCGCUGGAGAGAAGUAAGGACCCUGCUGAGUCCUGCGUUCACGUCUAGCAAGAUGAAGGCAAUGUUCAAUCUGAUGAUAAAAUGCGCCAAUCGUUACGGGGACAUCCUGUGUACGUUGCCCGAGGGUGAGCGAACUUUAGAGCUCAAGGACGCUUUCACCAGGUACACGAACGACGUGAUCGCUACUUGCGCUUUCGGAGUAGAAGUGGACUCGAUGUCCGACAGGAACAACAAGUUCUAUGUGUAUGGCAGGGAGGCUACGAACUUUAGUGGUGUGUUGCUGACUUUGAAAUUUUUUGCAGUACGAUUUAGCCCUUACCUAUCGAAGUUAUUAGGUAUAAGGUUGAUAAACAUCAAGAUCGUGAACUUUUUCAAAGAAAUGGUGGCUGACACCAUAAAAUACAGAGACGAGAAUAACAUCGUUCGACCAGACAUGAUUCAGCUGAUGAUGGAAACUAGGGGAAAACUGGGCCCAGGGAAAGAGCUCACUAUCGACGACAUGACCGCCCAAGCGUUUGUCUUCUUCUUCGGCGGUUUCGAGAGCACCUCGACCUUGAUGUGCUUCGCUGCUUACGAGGUAGGCGUGAACCCCGAGAUCCAGAAGAAACUGCAGAAAGAGAUUGACGAAGUUUUGGAGAACUGCAAGGGUGAACCGACGUACGACGCGAUCAAUGACAUGAAAUAUCUCGAUGCUAUCAUUUACGAGGCCCUGAGGAUGUAUCCAGUCAUCGUCGCUGCUGACAGAGUCUGCACAAAAGCCUUCGAGCUGCCACCAGCUUUGCCAGGAUUGAAGCCAUACGUUAUCCAGGAAGGCGAAUAUAUUUGGAUACCGAUCUACGGGGUUCAUUACGAUCCCGAACACUUUGAGGAGCCGAACAAAUUCAAUCCUGAACGGUUUCUCGACGAUCCAAAAAAGAUCGUCAACUCUGGGACGUUCUUGGGCUUUGGAAUUGGGCCGAGGAUGUGCAUUGGCAACAGAUUCGCGCUUCUAGAGACAAAGGUUUUACUUUUCAAUAUUUUUGCUCGUUGCAACUUGAAGCCUUGCUCUAAGACUCUUAUACCGAUGGAGUUGAGUAAGAAAGGGUUCCAGAUGGCGUCUAAGAACGGAUAUUGGUUUGAUAUUGAACCGAGGAAGGACACUCAUCCUGUUCUUGUUAGCUGUGUGAGCAGCAUCGCCGGUUAAAAAUAGAUUAUUUAUAUUGUUCCAUUUAUACGUGACGUAGGUACUUGAAUAGGUCGAUGUAGGGGCAUCUUUUUUUUUUAUUUUAAUUUUAUCAUAGAAAUUUUAUUGAUAUUUUUUCAUAUCUUCUUGUUAUUCGUCUUCUUUGCCCAAUCAUCAUUAGACUGCGGAUCUUAUGCAUUUAUGGCGUUUAAUAAUACGGAAAACAUAUAAAAAAAUAUAGGUACAUAAUGGAUGUAGAAUAUAUUUUAUUUAUUAAUAUAAUAAUUU